AUGGGUAAUUUCACUUCCAAAUCCUCUUCACCACCCGCGACUAUGAAGAGCGAUUUCCUCAAAGUACACGGCACCAAGAUCACCUUGCGAGGCGAGGAGGUGAUCUUGAAGGGUACAGCUAUAGGAGGAUGGAUGAACAUGGAGAAUUUCAUCACUGGUUAUACGGGACAUGAACAUCAAGUACGGGCUGCUCUGAAAGAUGUAUUGGGAGAAGAGAAGUAUGAGUAUUUCUUUGACAAGUUCCUCGAAUACUUCUUCGGCGAAGAAGACGCAAAAUUCUUCGCGUCUCUUGGACUGAACUGUAUUAGGGUACCCAUCAACUACCACCACUUCGAAGAUGAUAUGAAUCCCCGAGUAUUCAAGAAAGAAGGUCUUAAGCAUCUUGACAGGGUAAUCGAUGUUUGCGCAAAGUAUGGUAUAUACACCAUCAUUGAUCUUCAUUCGGCACCAGGAGGACAGAACUUCGAUUGGCACUCUGACAAUCCGACUCACAAAGCGGCAUUCUACGACCACAAAGAUUUCCAAGAUCGAACUAUCAUCAUCUGGGAGCAUCUCGCCAGGCACUACAAACAUAACACAUGGGUAGCGGGCUAUAACCCCCUCAACGAACCUACCGAUGAGAAACAUACUCGUUUGAUCGAUUUUUACGAAAGGGUCGAGAAAGCUAUUAGGAACAUUGAUGAGAAUCAUAUCCUAUUCUUGGACACUUUCGCAGCUGAUUUCAGUCAUUUCGGUAAACCUUUGCCCAACUCGGUAUACACUUGUCAUGAUUACUCCAACUAUGGCUUCCCAAGUGCGCCUGAACUCUACACAGGCACGAAAGAACAGAUCCAACUUCAUAAGGACGCUUACGAGCGGAAGACCGAGUAUAUGAGGAAACACAAGGGUCCGGUGUGGGUCGGUGAAUUUGGCCCGGUUUACCAAAAUGCCCAUGAUGGUUUCCCCAAUUGGGAGAAGAUCAAUGAUAGUAGAUUCGACGUAUUGAAUUUACAGCUUGAUAUAUAUGAUAAGGCCAGAGCGAGCUGGUCCAUCUGGGUAUACAAGGACGUCGGUUUCCAAGGGAUGGUUUAUGCCGGUGAAGAUACACCAUAUGUCAAGCUCAUAUGGGAAUUCCUGCAAAAACAAAAGCACCUCGCAGCUAACAAGUGGGGUGCCGAUGACUCUCAAGUCAAAGAUCUAUUCAAGCCUGUCGUAGAGUGGUUAUCCACCAAUGCACCCACUAUCAAAACUAGAUAUCCAUCUCGCGGAGGUGUCAACGAUUCAUGGAACGUUGCUGGUCAUCUAUCCAGAUUGGUCAGGAAUAUUCUGUUAAGUGAGGAAAUGGUCAAAGAGUAUGCAGAACUCUUUAGGGGGAAAAGUAAAGAGGAAUUAGAUGAGUUGGCAAAGAGUUUCAGUUUUGAUAAUUGUACACAACGGACUAGAUUGAAUGAGAUCCUCAAGAAAGAUUCCAAGAGGGGAGAGAAAGGUUUCAGUGAGAAAGUGUAA